UUUUGUCACAUCCGCUUCUAUCCGCCAUAUUGUGUCGUUCUUCACCGCUUACAUUUUUGUGAUGACCCCAUCUGGAAAAUCUCUUCAUUUCACUCGCCCCCAGUAAAUGGUGAUAAAUAUCAGUGCUGUGCGUUUCCCAAAAGAGUGCCGUGUCAUCCACCGUGUCCGUUAAUCGUUUGUGUUUAUGCUCGCCUCCAGCCGAGACAAAAUAACAGUCCGUAUCCAGAAUAUGAAACGCAGCAGCGACCGUGACACACCCCCACGCAGCAAGCGCUCUCGCUCGAGCAUGGGUCGCUACGACGACAGCUCCGACGAGCGGAUGACCCCUGAACGCGUCCGCCGCCGUGGCAGUCGCAAUCGCUCCCCCAGCCCUCGGCCACGCUACGUCUCGCCACACCGAGACGAGUACCUGCGGCCCCCCGAACGCGCCUACCCCUAUAAAGUCCUCUGCGUCAGCGCCCUCCACCCUAAAGCCAGCGACGAGGUCAUCAAGGACACGCUAUACAGGGAAUACAAGAAAUACGGCGAUUUGAGCAUUAGGCUCUCGCAUGACGUAGACGAACGGGUGGCCUAUGUGUGUUUCCGUAACCCAGAGGACGCACGUGAUGCCAAACACGGGAAACCCAGGAUUAUUAUUUAUGACAAAGUCGCUAUAGUUGAGCCGGUCUAUGAGGUACCGAGAUCGAGUGAUAUCUACAGGAGUCGCCCAAGGUCCAUCACGCCGGAAUAUGAUCGACAUUAUUACGCAAGGUCCCCGGAACGGUUGAGGGUUGAUAGAUAUGAUAGGGCGUAUGGGCCGCCUCCGGGGGUUCCGGUUCAUAGGGACUACAGAAGGGAGGCUUUGCCGGCUCCUCAUGACUACCUAGCACGUCCUCCAAUCCAUCAUCCGGCGCAUUUACCACCCAGUCAUGGGUACGGCCCCCCGAGACACACGGUGCCGAGACCACCGUUUGAAAAAACUGAAAAUAAAAAAGACAAAUUCCCAAAUUAUCUUCAUCACAUUCAACCCGAGGAUGAUCCGUUAGCUACUCGUACUUUAUUCGCCGGUAAUCUAGAAAUAAACAUAACGGAGGAAGAAUUGCGACGUAUUUUCGGUCGUUAUGGGGUUGUUGAAGACAUUGAUAUUAAAAGACCACCGCCGGGGACCGGAAAUGCCUUUGCUUUCGUUCGUUUUCACACUCUUGACAUGGCCCAUCGUGCUAAAGUCGAAUUAUCCGGUCAAUAUAUCGGGAAAUUCCAGUGUAAAAUCGGGUAUGGCAAAGCAACCCCAACUACGCGUAUUUGGGUAGGUGGUCUAGGUCCUUGGACGUCCGUACCCCAACUCGAGCGUGAAUUCGACCGAUUUGGGGCUAUCAAAAAGAUCGAUUACGUCAAAGGUGACAAUCAAGCGUACAUUUUGUACGACAGUAUCGACGCUGCUCAAGCUGCCGUAAAAGAGAUGCGUGGGGCUCCACUCGGUGGUCCCGACAGACGUUUGCGAACCGAUUUCGCCGAUGUCACACCUGGAGUAGUCUACCGGCCGAAGCCCCCAUAUCCCGGUCAUGAAGACGCUCUAGACUACCGCCGCUUAGACUACGAUUACGACUACGAUGAUUAUGCCCGAGGUUACCGUGGGCGUGCUGCCUACUCGGAGCGCCGCGCUGGCAGCCGCGGGCCUUACAGAUAUCCCGAGACGGCCGAAGAUGAGUGGGGGCGUACCCGACCCGAAUACGAGCGCCGCCGUUCGGCUGACCGGUCGAGGUCGCGGUCACCGCGCCGCUCCCCCGAUUCGGAUUCAGAUAAUGGGUCGCGGAGAGCUGGACUGCUCGCGUCGAGUAGGACGCUGCCCGAAGUGGCACGUAAAUGCACGACGGUGUGGCAAGGGGCGCUCAUUUUGAAGAAUUCACUAUUUCCGGCCAAGUUCCAUUUGAUUGACGGAGACACGGAUAUCGUGGAGGGGUUGAUGAAGGACGAGGACGGGAAACACCAAUUGAGGAUCACGCAGAGACUGCGGUUGGAUCAGCCCAAAUUGGAGGACGUGCAGAGGAGGAUCUCGGGAGCGAGUUCGCAUGCGAUUUUCUUGGGGUUGGCGGGAUCAACGGCGUCAGUAACGAAUGACGAUGCGACGGUGCAGACGAGGCCUUUGAGGAAUUUGGUAUCGUAUUUGAAGCAAAAGGAAGCAGCCGGUGUAAUUUCACUAUUGAAUAAGGAAACAGAAGCUACGGGGGUGUUGUACUCGUUCCCUCCGUGUCCGUUUUCGACCGAGUUACUUAAACGUACAUGUCCGAAUCUAUCGGAGGAAGCCAUCAAAGAGGAUCAUCUGGUUAUUGUCGUGGUACGUGGUGGUACUGCUUAAAUUUAAUUUUUAUAGCGAUAUAGUCACUAAUUUAUUAGUGAAUCAUUAUUAUUAUUAUUUUCACUUAUUUUAUGAGGUAGAGCUCACUUUUUUUAUCCUUCUCCAGGUCUACACUGGUUUAUUUUGUUGACAAUUAUAUUCAAAUUGUACAUUUUUCAGGAAAUUGGUGACCAACGAUGUUGAUUUGUGUUGAUGCUUUGUCUUUUAAGUGCUUGCUGAAUUUGUUUUGUGAAGAAAAACUUUUAAAAUGUUUUGUUUGUAACUAUGAUUUAGUGCUGAAAGUGAAAUUUAGUUUAAGUGGUUGCAGUUCUUUCUCAUAAGUAUCUGUCAUUUAUUGUAUUAGUGAAUUAAAUUCUGUAAGGAUUUAUCUGUUAUGUGAAAGGACUGUAAAAUUUGAAACAAAUAACUACAGUGUUGUAGUGUUCUGUGCAAGUAGUUACUCUUUAUAAAGAUUGUUUCAUAAUAAAAACAAGUUAAUCAUUGUGAUGUAGUGUUAAGACACUUAUCAGUGGCUAGGAACUACCCGCUAUGGUCUUCUAUAAUAAUUUCUCCUGUCAGGUUAUAAAAUGUUCAGUAGUGUUGUGAAAAUAGAUAAGUUCUUUCAGACGAUUGUGUUGUUCUUCAAAUAUUCCUUGUGAGUGUGUAUGUGCUGCUGCAACAAAGUCACAAAGUCCAUAUUUCGACAGGUUUGUGUGUUCAAAACUAAGUUUUCGCGGAGUUUUCUGUACUCUCAGUGGUAAAACGUUGCAAACCAAUGGCUGUGAUUUUUUUCGAUUUGGAUUUCUUUCAUUUCAUUUGGAAUUAAACUAGUUCAGUGUAAUGAUUUGGUGUUUCGAAUUUGGUGAGCAAAAUUUUUCGUGUUUAUGAACGUUGUGAGAACACUAAAUUUUUGUGAAUAUUGUUUUUAAGUUAUUCUGAAUCAUGUACACAGUCAUUAUUUCGUUAAUAAAAGUUGGAUAAAUCA